UACAGAUGGAGGUUUGCUUCGAGUCUCUGUCUGUCACGGCACCGGUAACCGGAAAACAGCUGUUGCACGAUGUCAGCGGUCGAUUUUUACCAGGGGAGUUAACAGGUAUUCUAGGACCUUCAGGGGCUGGUAAAACUACACUUCUUAAUGCCAUAUCAGGAUACAGACGUUCCGGUAUUAAGGGGCGCAUCGCGGCGGGGACGAGGAGAUCCCGAUGCUACAUCGGGCAGGAGGACCUGCUUGCGCCGUACAUGACGACCGGAGAGCUGAUGGACUUCGCCAGCCGCCUCAAGCUCCCGCCAACCUACACCAGCAAGCAGAGGGGAAUCAUAAUAAACGAGCUCCUACACCACCUCGGUCUGGAAGAAUGUAUCGACACAAGAACUGAAUGCCUAUCUGGCGGGCAGAGAAAGCGGCUUGCCAUCGCCUUAGAACUAAUCAGUAAUCCUUCAAUCAUCUUCUUGGACGAACCUACAAGCGGACUAGACAUUGUGGCUGCUAGUAUGCUUGUCCGGCUGCUGAGCCAGCUCUCCCAUACUGGAAGGACCAUCGUUGUCACCAUCCACCAGCCCUCCGCAACGAUCUUCGCUCUCUUCGACAAGGUGUUCUUCCUGGCUGGGGGAAAGUGCGUCUACCAGGGAGGACCUGGGGCUCACCUCGUUCAUUUUCUGGAGCAGAACAACUACAUCUGCCCUACCCACUACAACCCUGCUGAUUACCUUAUCGAGAUAGUGGAAGAUGAUAAAAAAGCCAUCCAGCUGCUUAGCAAUGCUAUUGAAAAUGGAAAAGGCAGCUGGUACUGCAAAGAUGUGGCAAAAACAUUAGAAAACGGAGCUGGAGAUAACAUUAACUUCAUUUUGAUGGCAUCGGAUCCAUUGAUUCAGAAGAGAUCAAGAGACUGCACUUCCUUUUGGAUCCAGUUCACUGUGAUAUUGAGUAGGAUCAUUCUCCAGGGAAAGCGGAACAAGACUAGUUUGAAGAUUCACUUAUUGCACUACAGUAUUUGCGCAUUCGUUAUGUGCACUCUUUUCUACCAAACUGCAAAUAAUGGAUCCGAAUUCACUUCCCAGCUCAAGCUCUGCAUAACUAUGGUCUUAUUUCAUGGUUACAGUCAGCAAAUGGCUCCAGUUGUUUAUUAUCCUUUCGAAGUGAAGUUGUUGAAGAGAGAACAUUUCAACCAAUGGUACUCGCUACUUCCUUAUUACUUUGCCCUGAAGCUUUCUAAGAUACCUAUUCUGACUCUGCUAGUUUGGCUCCACACUUUGGCAGUCUAUUACUUUUCUGGUCUUCCAUGGGAACUUUAUAGACUUGUCCUAUUUUUUGCUGUCAGUUUGAUGACUUCAUUCGUUGCUAUGGACUUAGGGCUCACUAUUGGAGCUAUCUUCAAUGCCACUAAUGGCGCAAUUAUCGGAGCAAUGACCCUAGCUCCACUCCUAGGCUUGGCCAGCUAUGGAUUUGACUUCAUGAGAACAGUCCCUUUCUUCAUGGAGUUUAUUGUACGAUUGUCAUUUAUGAGAUCAGGGGUAUAUGCUUUGGUUCUCAUUAUUUACAGCCUAGGUAGGGAACCAUUGGAAUGUCCUGAAAAUAUAGUUCACUGUCACUUCAGUGAUCCCAAGGUAGCUCUUUAUUUCCUUAACCUCCAGGAUAUUGAUAUCUGGAGGCCCAUUGGUGAUCUCAUCAUCAAUUUAUGUUUCUUCUGGUUGACUUUUUAUCUAGCAUUAAAAUGGAGACUGAGGAAAUGAUAUGUCACACAGAAUUCUGUAAAUAAUAAAUUUUAUCUUAGAAUACAUUGCUGUGAUUUAUAAUAAUGUAGAUCUUAAAAAAUUAGUCAUGUAAAUAUUUAAUUGUUAUUUAAAAUUGUUACAGUUCAGCUUAUUAUGGAGUGUAGUAGAUGAUAUAGGAAAAGUAAAUGAGUUCCUUUAUUAUAAAUAAAACAUAUUAGCCAUGUACAAUAAAAUAUACAUCAACUUAGUCGUC